AUGGCGUCAGCUUUGUUUACUAGUCAGAAUGAAUCUAGCUGGGUCCACAUGGGGAAGAAGAUUCCGAGCUCCAAUUCUCGCCUAAAUAAAAACCCUAACCCAAAUUCUAACCCGAAGAAAAAGCAAAAGCAAAAGCAAUUUCACCAUGUAGCCACCGACGGAGGUGCCGCCGGACGUUAUAAUGACGAUUCCCCUGUCGUCACACAGACUGCCUCGGACGAUGCGUACUCCUUCAACCAGACCUCGACAAGCCGUAGCGGAUUCAACCAUGGUGAAUAUUUGACCUACAAUGUCUCAUCGUGCGCCAAAUCCGAGCUUCGCGAGCUCCGCAGACGCUUGGCUGCAGAGCUUGAACAGAUCCGAGAGUUCCGGGCCCAAAUAGAUACUGGUCAAUUCAACAUCAACAAUCAUCCAAGAUCCCGUGGGAAAUCAAAGAAAUUGCCGGGCAACGAGCGGCCUGUAGCUUCGUUAGUAUCUAAUAAGGACCCUAAGAGGCUGUCCAGUGGAUUAGACGAUGGAAACUUCGGUUUGGAGGCCCUGAUUAAUUACCAGGAUAUGUUGAAACAAUGCAAGCAGAUUUUGACUAAAUUAAUGAAACACAAGAAUGGGUGGAUUUUCAAUAAACCUGUUGAUGCAGUUGCCUUGGGGCUUCUUGAUUAUCAUCAGAUUAUUAAGCAGCCUAUGGAUCUUGGGACGGUAAAGUCAAUUCUUGCCAAGGAUUUGUAUCCUUCGCCGGUUGAGUUUGCUGCAGAUGUGAGACUGACUUUUAGUAAUGCUCUGUCAUAUAAUCCGAAGACAAGUCAGGUGCACAGUAUGGCAGAGCAGCUAUUAGCGCGAUUUGAGGAAUUGUUUAGGCCAAUUCAAGAAAAUAUUGAUUCUUAUAAUAUGCAAAGUAGAGAAAGAGAGUUUCAAGCAUUCCGGGUUAAUGAUGAAGUUCAAUUUUCAGUUAAUAAAGAACUGCAGGGCAGUUCAUGGGAUAAUCAUAAUCAGAUUAUUGCAUCCCCCGGACUGGGAAUGGAAAAGAGAAGUAAACCAAGAUCAAGUCCAGCCCCGGUUCCACAAAUGCCAAAGAAACUUGAGAAAGCACCAAUGCAUACACAUUCGAGUUCUUCAACGCCUUCGUAUCAUCCUCCUUUGCCAAUGGAUCAGCCAAUGCUGGAGGAAACCCCUUCUCCUGCGAGAGCUCCCCCGCCAGUAAAGGAAGUUGGAAGAGGGCCAACAGUGAAGCAGCCAAAGCCCAGGGCGAAGGAUCCAAAUAAGAGGGAUAUGUGUAUGGAAGAAAAGCAUAAGCUUGGCCUUGGGUUGCAGAGUUUGCCUCAGGAAAAAAUGCCACAAUUGGUUCAGAUUAUUAGGAAGAGGAAUGAACAUUUGGCGCAAGAUGGGGAUGAAAUUGAGCUUGAUAUUGAGGCCCUUGAUACUGAGACUCUUUGGGAACUUGAUCGGUUUGUGACUAACUGGAAGAAGAUGGUGAGCAAGACAAAGCGGCAAGCUUUGAUGAUAAACAACAAUGUACCUGCUUCUCCGACAUCUCCCAUUGCUGAGGCUGCUAUGAGUGCAAUGGGUGAGGCUAUUGAUUUGGAAAAUAGACCUAAAAAGAACGAGGACGAGGAUGUGGACAUUGAUGAUGAUAUGCCUGCUACAAACUUUCCUCCGGUGGAGAUUGAAAAGGAAGAAGGAGGCGGGGGAGGCCGUCAUGAUCAAGACCAUGAUCGUGUCAAUGCCUCUAGCAGCUCCAGUAGUUCAAGCAGCUCAAGUAGUGGUUCCUCAUCUUCCAGUGAUUCUGAUUCCGGGAGUUCCUCCGAUUUUAUAUUCACAAGAGAUUUGCGAAGACAGCUGAUGAAGGAAGAAAAUGAAAAUUUGGAUGGGGAUCUUCACGGACUGAUCGCAUCGAUGAGGAUUAUUCAAGAAUCGAAGUCGACUUUCCUUGUAGAAAGAACUAACCAAUUAACUUCAAUGAAAACGGUUUCACUGGGCUAG